AUGGUCGUGGACCUUGACGUUGACGUGGUCGUGGUCGUGGACGUGGUCGUGGACGUGGACAUGGACCUGGACGUGGACGUUGACGUGGACGUGGACGUGGACAUGGACGUGGACGUGGACGUGGACGUGGACGUGGUCGUGGACAUGGACGUGGACGUGGACGUGGACGUCGACGUGGGCGUUGACGUGGGCGUGGACGUGGACGUGGACGUGGACGUGGGCGUUGACGUGGUCGUGGACGUGGUUGUGGACGUGGACGUGGACGUGAACAUUGAUACACGUGGACGUGGACAUGGACGUGGACGUGGACGUGGACGUGGACGUGGACGUGGACGUGGACGUGGACGUGAACGUGCACGUGGACGUGGACGUGGACGUGGACGUGAACGUGAACGUGAACGUGAACAUGAACGUGGACGUGGACGUGAAUGUGGACGUGGACGUGGACGUGAACGUGGACGUGAACGUGAACGUGGACGUGGACGUGCACGUGGACGUGAACGUGAACGUGGACGUGAACGUGGACGUGGACGUGGUCGUGGACGUGGACGUGGACGUGGACGUGGUCGUGGACGUGGACGUGGACAUGGACGCGGACGUGGACGUGGACGUGAACAUUGA